UCAAACGUAAAAUGUCAGUUUUAAUGUAAUUCGUCAUUAUUAUUAAUUGUUGAAUUAUUAAUAAAUAGGGAAUGAAAACGAUAAAGAUUAUUUUCGGAAUGGUAUUACAUGAAUCAUGUCCAUUCAUUUAAAAUAUUGUGUGGCUAUCUAACAGCUUACACAACGUGAACAUAAAUUGUUCGAAUUUUCUAUCAUUGCAGUAGGUACCUACUUUGCGGUAUUUUAUAUAAACGCAAUGUUAUUCGAUUUGAACUGUCUGCUGAUUGAUUUAUUUCAUAUUGCGCCAUAAAGUCUCGUUCAACAGUCGUGACUUAAGUUUUGGAUAAUACACAAUAUUACUAUAUUUCAGUGGAUUAAAUUUCAAUUUAGUAUCUCUUGAAUAGUGAAAGGAAAGUGUUGUGCCACUCAGGUGUAGGAAUUAAUUCAUUUAGAAGUGAAAAUAAUUUCGAAGUUAUUGACACGUUAUAUUGUUUUAUAAAUAUGAACGGACACCAAAUGGAAGAAUUACCAGUUGGUGUGACUGUAGAAGAAAUUGAAAUACCUGUCCCUUGGGGGCAUGUAGCCGGAAGAUGGUGGGGACCGCGAAAUAAGCAGCCGCUCAUAGCUAUUCAUGGGUGGCAAGACAAUGCAGGCACCUGGGACAACCUUAUUCCGAUGUUGCCUGCUUCAACAUCAGUACUAGCAAUUGAUUUACCUGGUCAUGGUAACUCAUCCCAUUACCCUACUGGUAUGAUCUAUUAUGUUUUCUGGGAUGGCGUGGUACUUCUUCGACGGAUAGUGAAACACUUUAAAUGGGAAAAAAUAAGCCUCAUUGGCCAUUCCCUUGGAGGUGCAUUAAGUUUUAUGUAUGCUGCAUCAUAUCCUGAUGACGUUGACAAAAUAAUUUGUAUAGAUAUUGCCAGUCCGGCUGUGCGACCGCCUGAAAUCAUGGUUAAGGCGACUGGUUGGUCGAUAAAUAAGAUAUUAGAUUAUGAAAAUUUAACUGAGGAUAAAAUCCCGUGUUACGAGUACGAAGAAAUGAUUGAUAUAGUGUUAGAUGCAUAUAAAGGGUCAGUAUCGAGGGAUAAUUGCAAGGUUUUAAUGAAACGAGGCAUGGCUCCGACCCCGUUGUCUAUGAAGAAAAGGGGCUUUUACUUCAAGCGUGAUCCCAGACUAAAAGUGUCUGGCUUGGGAAUGAUGUCUAUAGAGACAGCGUUAGAGUAUGCAAGUCAAGUGAAAUGCAAAGUCCUGAAUAUUAGAGCUAUUCCGGGUCAGAACUGGGAAAGAUUAGACUACUACAUGAAAGUAAUAGAAAAAUUAAAACAAACAGCCGAUGUUAAUUAUAUAGAAGUAGAAGGAACUCAUCAUGUCCAUUUAAAUGCUCCAGAAAAUAUUAUAAUGCAUAUAGAAGAUUUCUUAGAAGAAUAUUAAUUUAUUAGAAUAAAUUUAAUUGUGAUAUUCAAUGUGAUGCAAAGCAAGCACAAUAAAAUUAGUAUUAAUAUUGCAUUAGCCUUAAAGGUUCCCGUAGGUCACUUCUUACAUUAAAAUAUGGAAUUACAUGUAAAGCUAACCGAUUUAAACUUUAUUUGUUAAUAAUUGUUAUUAACGCUUUACUAAAAACGGGUCUUUUCGGUUUCUACAACUAUUUAUGAUGGUAGGCUUAAUGAUACAUUGUUAUCUUAGGUAUAUUAUUUAUUUAAGAUUCGUCGGUAUUUUAAGCUUAAACGGAUUAAUAGCGUUUUCAACUUGUGCGUUUCUUGGUGGGUUGCUGCGGUGCCGAAGCGAUGCGACAGUCCGCAGUCGUACAACGCACGGAUGAUACUUUUUUUAAACGUGCGGUGCGACAACAGUGCAGCACCGGUACAGAGAACGCUCGAUAAGAAAACGGCAACGUCCGUCGCAGUGUGAACCGGCGCAGGCCGUCAAGAAUUAAGAGAGGUAGAAAUUGAAAGCGCCCUUAUAUUAUGUAGUUUUGCAUACGCUGAUUAAGUAAAAAAUUCUCAUAAUAUUCUCCAAACGACUUUUGAAUGAAUUCUUAAAACUCUAUGUGCACACUCGCACCUUGGCACUCGCACGUGUGCUCACGUUAUUAUGUUUUUAAUGACAAAAUUCUUAUAUUAGCGGAGAUUUUGUCCGUGUACCGUGUCGCAACCGGGCCGUGCCUCGACUUGUUCACGAUCAAGCAUUAUUGUAUAUUUUGAAUAUUCAGCGAUUUAUGCCUGACCGUGGCUCGGCCGCGCACGGCUACGGGGCCCGGACAGGGCAUGGCGUUGUAAUGUCGAUAGAUAUUGUUUCAUUAGUUUCCCGGGUCCAGCAAGGCCCGGCCCGGCCCCUGCACGGUAGCGUGAAUCAUGCUUUAUAAUUUUUUACGUAAUCAGUCUUAGAUGCAAAAAUAAAAAUUUCCAUUACCUAACGCUAACUACACCGACGAAGCUGCUAAGCGUGUGUGGGUUUCUGAGUAAUUUUAUGAAAAUGGUGAAACUGGUAAAUAUAAUGAGCACAUAAGUAAGAGUGAUAUAUUUUAAGACGCAGUUUAAUAGAUUAUUUUUUCAUGAUCAGUAUAAAAAAUAAAAUUACACCAAAGCUGUGUGUGAUUAGAAGUACUGUAUACUUGCACGGAAAAAGUGUUAAUAAUAACAUAAAAAAUAUGUCACAAAAAUUGAAUAUAUCUGAAUGAUAACCUUGCACAUAUUAUGGCACUAUAACUACUAAUAAAGUUGAUUUUAUAUAGCUGUACUCAAAUAUAUCAGUAACAGAAUCAUGCUGUUAUCAGUGUAAUAGUCUGGUUUCUUAGUAGGUAUCUAAUAAGAACGUAUUCACUAUCAGCUGAUACAUGCGGAUGAAAGUACAAAUUCCAAUUUGCAAUUUAUUAUGCUUAUAAUUGAACAAAAUACAAGUAGAUAUGAAAUCAU